AUGAUCUGUGCCUUACAAUGCAAGUACACUUGCAUCCGAGUGCUCGAUGGAAGACUUGAUCAUGCAAGCGAGAAAGAUAAAGUACGAGGUCAUCGGCCUAGACGAGACGAAUCGACGCCACUCAUUCAACGCCGCCUGACACCGGAGAAGAACUGUUCCUCGGAACAUGCGACAGUAGACGAGUCGGUGGCGUCGGCGUUCUCGUCGACACCAGUAUGA